UGGACGUCCGCGGGAGCGUUCUGUCAUGGAGAGCGCGACGCGACGUGUCGUAAGUGUGCUCGAGUGUCGUCGUCGUCGUCGUCGUGGUCGUAGCCGUCGCGUGUGCAACGUCCCGGGAUUAUCUUAGUGACAGUCGACAGAGACAGGCGUGCGCGCGAGGAUAUCGUGGGUGCUCGUGGUGCUAGAAUCCAUCCAACGUAAACCGUGGCAGCCAAAUAAUCACGUCGCAACCACGUCCCUCCUAAAUCGAGGCGAUUUCGGAGCAACGAGAUCAGUGAUCCUCUAUCGAUCGACCGAUCGGCACGCACGCGUGUUCACGACGAAUUCGAUUCGUCGAACAAUCGAUAGAUUGGUGAACGGGUGCUGUGAUUUAACUACGGUGCACGCGAGUGUAUCUAUAAAUAGCUUGGUGUGAUUCGGAGUGGCCACGAUCCACGUGCUCUUUCGGAGCGGGUUUACGGGGAAAAGAUUGUCAACAAGAAACGAGCGUGGAAGACAAGGACAGAGUCAGCUGCCAAUCGGAGUCGAAAUCGAUGUCGACAACGGCACGCGUGUGUGUUCCGUCCGCGUGACAUCACACAUCGCGUAAACAUUCUCGGUAUUCGUUACGAAAUUUUGCGAAGGGCGUACGUCCUUGUGCAUUCUUCCUACCCCCCGGUUCGUGUACGUAAACAAAAACGGUGAACGUGAAUGCCGGUGGGAAGUGUCUCGCCGUAUAUACAUAAUCGCGUUACGCGAUAGUUUCGACGCGACUACUACGACUCUCGUGGUAUCUCGAAAGAUCGCGGAAUUUUCGUGUACAGGGGGGGACGAUUGCUCGCGAGCCGUGGUCCUCGCUCGUAAACGAGAAUACGAAAUCCUGUUAACUCGGAUCCGUUAACGUAACGGGUACCGAAGACCGGGCUGGCGGCUGGUGGCGAACGGAGCGAAAUCGCGCCGCGAAUAAAAGUGCUCGGGGAAACGAUUUGGUCGCUCGAACUCGGUUACGGAACGGAAACAUCGGAAGAAGAGGGAAUCGUGCACGAAAGGUGGAAGCGUUGCCCGCGGUUCUAAACGCCUGACGAAGGGGGCAGGGGGGGGGGGACGGAGAGGCGAAGGAUGCUGUCCGGUCGUCGCGGUUAAUUCGCACGUGUCGCGAUGUCGGGCGGCACGGCGGGCGUCCGUGGCACCGGCGCCGAGUGCAGGAAGUUCGCGCCGAACAUAUUCAACAAGAGCAAGUGCAGCAGCUGCUUCAAGCAGAAGGAGGAGCACAGCGCGGAGGCUCUGGAAUGCAACAGGGCCACGAGGAAGAUUUCAAAAUGCGGAUACCUGUUCGUCGCCCCCGGCUGGGACUUCUCGAAUCCGCUGAAUCGGACGAAGAGGUGGCAGAGAAGAUGGUUCGUCCUGUACGACGACGGGGAGCUGACGUACUCGGUGGACGAACACCCCGAGACGGUGCCACAAGCGAGGAUCGACAUGACCCGCGUGCUGGAGGUCGCCGCCGCGGAGGACGUCACAGGACAUCCUUACAGCCUUGCGGUGACCUCGCCAGAGGGCGUAACCUUCGUCAAGGGCACGUGCCGCGAGGAGACGAGAUGGUGGGCUGACGUGCUUCAGGUCUACUCCAGGAAUAAGGGUCGCCACAAGCGGAACGCGACGUUCCCCGGCGGACAGACGACCAUUCUUCAGGUCACCCCGACCAUCAGAAGCAACACCCCAAAUCCUCCACGGCCCCGUUUCAACAGCUGCCGGUCUGAGCCGCGCAGCAGCGCGUGGAUCCCGGAAACGGCCGUCACGACGGACCUGUGCCCUUCCGUGUUCUCCUCGUCGCCAUCGUUGGUGACCAGCAGCGUGGUGACGACGUCCACCAGCCCCACCAUGAGCAACGGGAACACGGAGGGCGGCAACGAGCACCGAAUGUCUCCUCUGAGGACCAGCACGCCUCUGGAGAACGGUAGCUACUUGACCUCCGCGACCUCGACGUCCUCCAUGAACGGCGGCGUCGCCAACGCCGUCUACUCCACCGCGUCGAGCACGAUAUCUUCGACGACGAUGUCGUCCACCACGUCCUCGUUGACGGAGAAACCGCCAAUCGUCCCCAGCGAGGGUAGAUCGAGCUACAGGGACCAACCAGCCAGCAGCGCGUCGCCACCGACCAGGGACAAGCUCAGAGCCGAGGACAAGGCCAGGCGCAGGAUGAAUCAGCACGGGGAACGAGCUACCAUUGGGAGUGGACCUGCCUGUCCCACUGAGAAACUAGACGACGACGCCUGUCGAAGAAUCCUUUUGGAGCACGAGAGGGAGAGGGAGGGCAAGCUGCGGGACAUCGCAGCCUCCCUGACCCAGCCCCGGGCUCGAAGGAUCAAACCCAGGACCUCCGAGCCAACGAGGGACGUCGUCGACGCGGCGAACGCUGCGUAUCAGGACAAGCUCAUCAGAGGAGACCCCGACGGAUGCGGCCUGGACAUUUCCGGCAUCAGAUACUCCCCCACGUCCGAGCUGAGGGUCGACCUGCCCGCGGAGGACCUGCUGAACAUCAAGAAGGGCUGGCUGAUGAAGCAAGGGCUAAACAAGGAAUGGAACAAGCACUGGUUCGUACUGAGAGGUUGCGGCCUCAUGUACUACAGAGAUCCCUGCGCGGAAGAUAAGGGUAUCAUGGACGGCGUCAUAGAUCUGAAUACCGUUACCGCCGUCACGCCCCUUCAAGUCGCAAGAAAUUAUGGAUUCCAGACUGUGGCCUGGGACGACCGAGGAUCCACCGUCCUGUCCGCCGUGACAGCUGGGAUCAGAGCGAGCUGGAUGUCCGCCAUCAGGAGGGCUGCCAACCUGCCCGAUCCUGACAACGCGGACGCCCUCGCGGUUUGCCAGGAUGGCCAGCAGGACACUCCACAGUCGCCUACCGCAUCCAUCACAGAUCGCGAGAGGGACUCCGUGGUACCCUCCACCUCUGUCACUCCUCGAUCAGUCCUGUUCUCCUCCGACGAAGAGUACAGGACAGCGUCGGAGGGUGGGAGACGAGAGUCAGGCGAUUGGUCCGAGGUGCCUGUUUCGCCGCCGUUGGUGAGGAACGGCGACUGGUCCGGGGCUCUGAAGGGCUCCAGCUGGUCGGACUCGGCGAAUCACGAGUGGUCCGAGCUACCCCCGUCGCCGCCGUUGACGAGAACGGCCCUGUCGCGGGUGAAGGCUCGAUCGAGGUCGAGUUCCAGGUCCAGGGUGUACAAGAGAAGUCGCAGCUCGCCACCUAGCUCGAGGAGGAGCACGUUAGACAGCGUGAGGUCGGAGGACCUCAUGAUGGCCUGCUGCGAGCUAGGCGAAGAUGAGGAGCAGACGAACGGUCACAUGCAAAGCAACAGCUGUCUAUCGAGUGCCAACGACAGCCCGUUGAUCGUCGAGCUGCUGGAGAACCAGGUGUCCCUGUUGCGCGAUCAGCUUGACCAGAAUCAGUCCCAUCCGAGUACGCUACUAGUCAUUAUCGAGCGUCAGGAGAGCGAGAUCGAGGGCUUGAAGUCACAGCUGAACGCGGCACGGGCCGACGUCGCCGACGCUGAGAAGGAGCUGUCCAGGUUGAGGCAGCAGAAGGCCGAGGCGUCCAUCAGGGAGAAACAGGUGGAGGAGCUGCUGAGCACGAUACAGAGGACGGAGCAUCAGAGGGACAAGGACCUGGAGGACCUGGAGAAAAUGAAGAAGAUGUACACCAGGGACAAGGAGAUGCUCGAGUGCAAGCUAUUGGAGACGGAGGCUAUCCUCAGGGAGACCAGCGAGAGGUGCGAGAUGUUGACGAAGGAGUUGGCGUCGAGUCACAGGACCGUCGAACACAUGCAGAUGGAGAUAGCUUCUCUGAGCGACAGGUUGUCGCAAGGAAUCGAGGAAAACGAUCGUCUCUAUGGGAAAGUGAGAGAAUUGGAGGAGAAGGGCGGGUUAUCCUCUUCGAGGGAGCGCGGGAGAAGCUUCGACUCACUCAGCGAUUUGACGAACAUCGAGCUAGAUCUGGACUUGAAUUCUCUGGACAAAGAAAGAAUCAUGGAAGAGUACGACGAGCUCCGAAGCCGAUUCGAGAAGGCCAUCCUGGAGAUCCGCGCGAUGCGCAAGGAGCUGCGCGAGGCACACGCGAUGCAGGACGCGUUGGAGCUGGAGAUGUUCACGCACAAACGCGAUGCGAGCAGCGUGAACGAGACCAAUCAGGCCCAGGUGCAACUGAUGGCCGCGAGGAUCCAGGAUCUGACGAACAAGCUCGCCGCCAGCGAGAAGCAAGUGAGGACGUUGAAGCAGAAGCUGACCAAGGUCGAGACCAGGGACAAGAGGAGAUCGCUGUCGCUGAAGGGUCGCGAGUCCUUCCAAAUAUCUCAGGAGAUGGAGGACAAGCUGCUGGACCUGGAGAACAAGAUCUGCGCGAUAGAACGCGGCAAGAGCAUCGCCACGUCCGUGACAACCGGAAGCAGCUCGAAGGAGUCGAGUCCCAAUCCAAAGAAAGAGAAAAGAAGGGAGAGCAAGAAUUUGGAUCGCACCAGACUGCGAAGGAAGUCGCUGGACAGCGCCACGAGCUCCGAACCGAUGAAGGUGCUGAUUAGAUUGAGCACGCUGGAGACGAAGGUCGCGAACGUGACAGAGAACAUGGCCAGCGACGCGGAGAAGGACUCCAGCGAGUGCAGCGAGGUCAGCGCUUCCUCUACCAGCGAGGUGUCUUUGGAGAUCAUCGCCAGGUUGAGGAAACUCGAGAGAGUCGUCUCAAAGUCGAAGAGGAGGCUGGAGAAGUGCCUGGGCUCCACCCAGGCGGAGGACAAAGCGGAGAAAUGUUUGCGCGAGGUGAACGACAUCCUGGACUCGUGUUUAGAAUGUAAGAAAAGCCAAGCUAGCGCUCAAGCGACCGAGUCAGUAGGAGUAGUGGUAUCUAGACUAGAAACUAUACUUAAGGAUAAGCUGAGCGAGCUCGCGGCGAGACGGCAGGUGCUCGCCAAGAACGAUCAGCUGGACGACAGAGAGAAGAUGAAGUUGAUCGCCGAGAGGGUGGCGUUCGAGUUCGUCGUUCUGAGACAGAUCAAGUGCGCGAUCGGCCGAACGUUCGACAGGAGCGCCGUUCUGAGUGAAUUGGUCGAAACUAGUCAGCUUGCCUCAAGCCUAAUGCGUAAGAUUCACGGAACUAAGCCCAAAACGUACCAAAACACGAGUUACAUUCAGUAUCUUACUAAAGUGUUAGCGAAUAAGUUAGUACUGGUAGGCGGUAUACCAGCGACGGAGACGUCGAAGGAGGUCUCCGCUGCGCGAAGCGAGAGCCUGAAUUUUCUGCUGCAGAAGCAGCGGGAGGUGAACGAUAUCAUGCGUCGAUACAAGGAGACGAAGCUGAGGCAGCUCGCGGAGGCUCUGGCCGCGGAGACGCUGAGCAUGUCCGAGCAAGAGGAUCUUGGCAAACAGGUGAGCAACUCCAACAAGAAACUGUUAGAGGACAGACGUAUUCGCGAGGCGUGGGCGUUGGCCCAAGAAACGGUCAGCAAGGAACUCGUGCAGGCAGAGGUAUCCCACGUGCUGAUGCGUUGCGGUCAGAUGUACGAGCAGAACGUCACGAGCAUCACCGACGCGUGCCUGAAUUUCGAGAGCGCCGAGAACGUCACGAUGGAAUCUUGGAUCGACGCCACGCAGAUGAGGCUUCGUCAAGAGAUGGAGCUCUCCACUCGCGAAUUGUCGGACGCUUACGAGGAGUGUCUACGUUUGAUGAAGAAAAACAAAACGUCGAUAGAGGCCAAGUACGAGUCCCGGCAGCUGUUGACGGACUACGCGGACGUGGUCGCGCACAAAGCUUUAAUCGAUGCCAGGAUCGGUCUUCUUCAGGAGAACACGAGACAGUUGGCUACCUUCCCUGGAGAGACUUUCGUAUCUAGUCUUAUCCGAAACGACGACCUCCUUUCUUCUCUGUUAGGAGACGAGCACGAGUUCCAAAGCAAUCCGAUUCUCGACGCAGAGUACAGUUACCUUUACCAGCAGUUCAGCAAGGAGUGCGAGGAGAGGAUAUCCGGAAAGCGUGGCUCGAAGGAGCAGCUCAAGAACGUCAGUCAGAGCCUACUCUACCUAGAGGAGGACCUUACCGAGCUGAGCAAACGCGUUCGAGACAAAGAGGGCGUCGAAAACGUCGCCUGGCUCAAGUCGACGGUGACGGUAACGGACUGGUCGAGCGUCUGCGAGAAGUGCUCCCAGCUGCGCGAGCAGAUCAAGAAGCUCAGCGAUUACAUCGACGGUUUGUCCUGCAAGCAGUGCGACCAGCUACAGGUGACCAUUCAGAGGAUAACCGCCGAGCACAACGAGGAACUGGACACCCUGAAGCGCAAUCAGGAAAGGGAUAUGAUGGACAUCAAGGGUGAAUUGGACAAUCAGAGGCAAUCGUUGACUUCUCAGUACGAGCAGGAAGCGGCGAGUCUGCGAGAAAAAGCCAGGAAGCUGGAGCACAGGCUGAACGCGAUGGAUUCCGAGCACUCUGCUCACGUGAACGAACUGAGGGCUGCUUAUCAGAGAUCUAUGAGCGCAGAAUUGGACACAGACGCGGAGACCCGCAAGAGGUAUAAAGAGGAGAUCAAACAGCUGCGAGCUUUGUGCGAGAAAGGAUUGCUCGCGAUGGAAAACUCUCAUAGACGCAUCAUCUCCGAAAUGGAGGAGAAGCAUCGACAAGAACUCGAGAACCUGAGAGUGGAGAAGGAACAGGCGCUCUCGGAGGAGACCCAGGCCACUCUGGCGGCCCUAGAUGCCAUGCGGAAGGCGCACGAGCACGAGGUGCAGAAGGAGAUAGCCAAGUUCAAGCAAGAGUUCCUUAAACAGAUGCAGGCGCGCGAGGACAUCGGCGUGCUUCACAAGGAACACGAGGAGGAAAUGGAGGAGAUAAAGCAGGAAAUUCUUUCUUUGUCCGCCAAGUAUUCCUCCAAGUGUGUGGAGACCGCGGCCAUGGAAGAGAAAGUAGGUUCCCUCACUAAGCAGCUCGCUCAAGCGCAACAACACAUCAUGCAAUUGGACGCGCGCAAUAAACAACUUAGAGCCCACUUGGUGUUGGAAACGAACGACAGCUCGAUCAACGACACGAUGCAGAUGCUGAGGGGUAGAGACGAGAUAGCCGAGCCUAGAGAGGAGAUACAUAGGCUGCAACAACUGAAGCAUGGGGACGCCCUUCGUGACACGUAUGGCGCGGCACCGAAAACUUCGUCGCCGAACUGCUCGCCGGCGUACUCGCCGCAGCGUGUCAGGAGUAAUCACGAGUACCCACCGAACCGGGCGGGUGGCGGCGAUGAGCAGAGAUUAAACGUCGAACGACCGAAAAGCUCGGUGUCCACGUCGCUGAAAACAGCGACGGACAAGCCAGCCGCGUUCUCGUACAAGGUCGAACGCAUAAAGUCCGUGUCGUUGCCUUACUCGAGUAACUUGGUUAGGCCGGGGAGUAGUUCUGGCGUACCGUCGCACGAUAGGAAAGAGGUGAGCUUAGGGCAAAAGAGUCAAGAGCGUAACGGUCUGGCCUCGCCACUUUGGGACAGCUUAAGACCCAGGAGCGGAUUGCCCCAUCAGUAUCAAGGUGGCACAACAGAGAUGCGAGUCGGCGGCUCUGGUACCCGGUGGCAGGACAUCAAGCAAAGUGAAAAGCAGCAACAAUCGAAGGCUCACGGCCUCCGUGCCGACGAUUCUCGCACGACCCGCCUCACCGCGGAACCCCCAGCUCUCUCCGUUGCAGAGCUGAUGAGGUCUCCAGCAGUGAGGUGGUCCAGCAGGAGCUGUCGCAGCUUGCCUCCCACGCCCUCGCCGAGUUACCAUCACCCGCUCCACCCCCCACUGCCAGCGGUGGGCAUGGUCGCCGAGAGGAAGAAACGCUUCGAGCUUUGAUCUCUGCCCCUAACGAUUCUGCAACUCGUAGAACAGUACCAGGUCCCGGGACUUAUCGACGUGACACCAGAAACUCGAUCGGAUCUCGUGUCGCCUAGCGUGCGCGAUAAUUUUCCUAUUGGUGCUAGACCGGUUGCUCGUUUGCGUGUGUCAUUUUGCCGCGUCGAGAACCUACGAUUCCAGAGAUGGGCGAAAUUCUUAUUCGAAAAUUUCAUUCGUUAAAUGAAACCUAGCAUUUGAAUUGAGAAAUGAAAUCACAUAUAUUAUACAUAUUUAUGUUCGAUCGAGCAUAGUAAUCACUACCGAAUAACGAACCAAUCGACGGAUGUUUAUCGACGUUAUUCGAUACUGUUACGUAGAUCAGAAUGCGCCCAUCUCCGCAGGUAACCCACAAGUAUUUCGUCACUGCCAUAGCGAUCGAGCUUCGACGGUAGAAUGGAGCGAGACGUAAUUUCGUGUCAAUUAAUCCGGUCGUUCGGGGUCGAGCUCGUCGCCACGUGACAAUAUUGAGCAUGUUUAUCAAGUAAACAUGAUUCAAUAACCGGAACGAGGCUCGAACCCCCGAUGGCCACGUUCACCAUCGCAGUCGGGAAACCGCGGAUUCGAUUGGACGUCCGUCGCGGCCCACGGGUCGUUUUCGAUGGGACGUUUUACCACUGGAACUUUUGCUAAGCUCGUUUACAAGGCUGCCGUGUCGCCAAACGGCCGUCGUUUGAUAUGCAUUUAGACUUUGAUACCACGAAUUUUUCCGUAGGUGCGAGUAGUAGGUCGUUUCGUUCGACCUUCGCGAGGAACGCGCAUUUUUUCGGGCAUUAUUUCACUGUCAAGCCGUUUCUCGUUCCGUAUAGUCGAUCCGUCGGUUCCGGAGUGCUGUAACUUUGUAGUAAAUCAGGAGAAAACUCGGUUUACCGCUCGGUUUCACUUCCCCCAUCACCGGUAACAACGCGGAGGUGGAGUAACUUAUAGACAACGUAUUGUGGGGGUAUCGGAAUAGCCUUGAACAGACAUUUACUUUCGUUCCAAUCGUGGUAAAUGCUGGACUUCCUUUAUUCCGGUUCUGUUUGCAACUGUAAUUGGAAUUGUAAUAAUACGGUUUGAAUCUAUCAUUAGAUUUCGCAACGAGAAACGGCUCAAAAAGCUACUGGUGCGAAGAGAGUACGGUAGAACGCCAAUUCUGGUCUAUUCGGAACAAAGAGGGUAGAAGAAGGAAUAGAGGCGAACCAGUCUACCUGUUGGAUUGCUUCCAUGUCUCGAAUACAAGAAUCUUUCAAAAAUAGUCAAGUAUAGAAAGUAGUGGAUCAAGAACGAGUUUUCUUUUGUUAUUAUUUUUAAACCAAGAACAUCAAGUACAAUUUUAGUCGCCAAAAUAGUUAAUACUAAACGAUAGCUGGUUUAUUUAAAUACGAUGGAGUUUCUUUCAAGAGGAUUCGACAGUUGCCCUUUAAUGGUGACGGCACGGGAUCGGUGGAGACCGGAAGUAGGCGUUCUACGUCACCGUACGAGUCAUAUAUACAUGUGUCGUGAUAGUUAACGCGAUGUAACGCGUACGUGUAUUGGUGUGAAAGCGUGCGAACGAAUACGUUCGUCGAAAUCGUUGAGUUUGUCCAAUUGCGCUGUGUUACGUUCUGAAAUCGAUUUCGUACAAUUACAAGAUCCGUUCGAUAUCUUGUGACUUUACGAGGGGGCUAAUUUACAAUCGACGAUCGGCUCAAAGUUCGUCGUUUAGGGAGGCUUCUAUAUUUUCAUUUGUUGACGUUUCGAUCGCUGCUAUAUUUUUUCACUUUCUCUCUCUCUCUUCUUUUUCUAUUUUCGAUUUGUUUUUGUAAAGUAAAAUAUUCUCAAGGAGCAAAAUCUAUUCUGUGUCUUCUCUCUGAUUUUUUUUUCUCUUCACCUCAGUCUCGUUAAUACGUUCGAGGAUCGAUAGAAAGUAUUUUUACGCUUGUUUCGCUCUUGUUAUGUAUAGAUUCUGCACAUAUGAAUAUUACGGCGUUGUCACGUUGCACUGUGUAUUACCGCGUUCUCUCAUUGUGUAAAUGUUUUUUUUUUUUUUUUAAUGAAUUUUUUCUUUUUUAAUCGUCGGAUCGCGAGCAUUUCUUUGAUGUUAAUACUGUAUAGUUUAUGACGUUUCAAUUUAAGGAGCAAAGUAUAAAUAGCCUAGAAAUUAACCCCUUCCAUAAUGAAAGUGGAUUGUUUAUAUAAUAUGUUAUUAUUGUAUUUCUAUAUUAUAUAUCGUCGCGGUUCGUUCCGGUGACGGUGUCGUUCGACGUGUCGUCAGCGACGUCAAAGUAAGCGAAACAAAAAAAAAAAAAGAA